UGAGCAUUGACACAAGGAAUUCCCGAAGGGCCCGUUCAUGUUUGUCAACAUUCAUGUAACACAAACCGAACAAAACAGCAUGGAGUGAAAUAAAAUUUCAUCUUCAAGAAUUAUUCAAGAUGGCUGCAGACUUCAUUCCCAUCGAAACCAAAGCAUCUUUAUUACUGAAGCGGAAAAAUAAAGACGACUUCAGUGUUACCAUCUUCGAACCCGGCAAAGCAAAGGCCAAUAAACCGAAAAUACCGAAACCAACGAACCGAGAGGAUAGCUCCCACGGCAACGAGAGUGACCAAGACACUGGACGCGACAUCGAUGAUAUUUUUUCCGAUGCCUAUCAACGCAAACGGAAGCCACGCGAAGAUCACCGGACGUUCGAUAUCAGCAGGGCACGAAAGGAGGUUAUUAAUUUUGGCAUAUCCGGUUUUGAUAAGGAAACAAAACAUACGGCAAAAGUGGCGUUGGCCAUAAAGUUGGGUGCGAAACCACCAAAGAACACGUACCGUAACUACAAAGAGAUUAUCGAAGAACGAAAGCGCGAAAAGGAGGAAGGUGAACGGUCUAACCGGCGCCGGAAAGGGCAGAAUUUUGGAGCAAGCAAGUCCUUCCAGCAACAGCAGCUGCGAACUCGCCAGAAAUCGGCCAAUCCUGGCUCGGUUACCAAGCACUACGGUGUUGUGAACCCCAAGAUCGUGGAUAGCAAGAGGAGGAAAAUUAGGUAAUAAAUGUAUGGAACAA